AUGGAUCUCCCGGCGCUGCUCGCCGCCCCGACCCUGCGCGGGGCCCAACAUGGCGGCGGCCCCGGCCGACUCCGCCGAGGCCCAGGCUCGCCCCCCGGCCCGGGCCCCGCGCGCCGCCGCCUGCUGCUGCUGCGGGGCUCCGAAGAUGGCGGGUCGGCGCCGCGGCGAGGGGAGGCCGGGGCGGCGGCAGCGGCGGGUCCCGGGCCGAGCCCGCCGCCCCUCGAGGACGACGACGACGACGACGACGACGACGGCUCUUUCGUGGUGCUUCUGGAGGUGCCGCGCGGCGCCGCGACCGAGGCCUCCGGGCGGCGGGAGGCUGAGCCCGGCGCCGACGCGGGUCCUGCGGGCCGGCCCCUGCAGGGCUCCCGCGGCGCCGCCCCCGGCCCCGGCGCGGCCCCCGGGGACACCGUGGCCGUCGGCGGCCAGGACUUGAUGGUGCGCCUGGACCGCGGCGUCCUCACGCUGGCCUCGCAGUCGCCGCCGCCCCCCGGCCCGCCGCCGCCGCCGCCGCCGCCGCCCCGGGGGGUUCCGCCGGCCCCGGGCCCGCCGCCCUCGCAGCCGCGGGAGGAGGCCGCGAGCCCGGCCGAGGGCCGCCGCGGGGCCCCGGGGCCGGGCGCGCUGGGCUACCGCUGCCCCGAGCCGCAGUGCUCGCUCGCCUUCGCCAAGAAGCACCAGCUGAAGGUGCACCUGCUGACGCACGGCGGCAGCCAGGGCCGCCGGCCCUUCAAGUGCCCGCUGGACGGCUGCGGCUGGGCCUUCACCACCUCCUACAAGCUCAAGCGGCACCUGCAGUCGCACGACAAGCUGCGGCCCUUCGGCUGCCCGGUGGGCGGCUGCGGCAAGAAGUUCACCACCGUGUACAACCUCAAGGCGCACAUGAAGGGGCACGAGCAGGAGAGCCUGUUCAAGUGCGAGGUGUGCGCCGAGCGCUUCCCCACGCAGGCCAAGCUCAGCUCGCACCAGCGCAGCCACUUCGAGCCCGAGCGGCCCUACAAGUGUGACUUUCCCGGCUGUGAGAAGACCUUCAUCACGGUGAGUGCUCUGUUUUCCCACAACCGAGCCCACUUCAGAGAACAGGAGCUCUUUUCCUGCUCCUUUCCCGGUUGCAGCAAACAGUAUGACAAAGCCUGUCGCCUGAAAAUUCACCUGAGGAGUCAUACAGGUGAAAGACCUUUUAUUUGUGACUCUGACAGUUGUGGCUGGACCUUUACCAGCAUGUCUAAACUCCUGAGGCACAAAAGGAAACACGAUGACGAUCGGAGGUUUAUCUGUCCCGUGGAAGGCUGUGGGAAGUCAUUCACGAGAGCAGAGCAUCUCAAAGGCCACAGCAUCACCCACCUGGGCACAAAGCCGUUCGAGUGCCCUGUGGAAGGGUGCUGUGCCAGGUUCUCCGCUCGUAGCAGUCUCUACAUUCACUCCAAGAAACACCUGCAGGACGUGGUUGCUCCAAAAAGCCGUUGCCCCGUGUCCAGCUGUAAUAGACUCUUUACCUCCAAGCACAGUAUGAAAGCACAUGUGAUCAGGCAGCAUAGCCGGCACCCAGAUCACUUUCCUCAGCUAGGAGCUCCGAGUUCUCUUCCACUCAGCAGUGAACUAAGCAGCCCAGGCCAAAAUGAGCUCAACAACAUUGACCUGGCUGCGCUCUUCUCUGAUGCACCUGCUGAUGGGAGUGGUGCAGCGGGGGCCUCGGACGAGGCGCUGACCUCUGGAAUCCUAACUAUAGAUGUGACUUCUGUGAGCUCCUCUCUCAGAGGGAACCUCCCUAAUAAUAGUUCCUUAGGGCCCAUGGACCCACUGGUCUUGGUGGCCCACAAUGACAUUCCUCCAAGCCUGGACAGUCCUCUUGUUCUUGGGACAGCAGCCACUGUUCUUCAGCAAAGCAACUUCAAUAUGGAUGAUGUGCAGACUGUAAGUGCAGGAGCAUUAGGCUGUCUGGUAGCUCUGCCUGUGAAGAACUUGAGUCAGGACCCACAGGCUUUGACCUCCGGCAGCAGUUUACCAGCGAACACCACUACACUGACCUCUCCAAGCACCCCACCAGGAAACACCAGUGUCCCCGAACUGCUGACUUCAAUCAAAGUGGAACCAGACUCGCCUCCUAGCCCUGGUGCUGUCAGGCAGCAAGAACGAAACAGAAAGCUGAGUGACGGGCUGCCUCGAUUCUCUGAGCACAGAUGGUGUGUGGUGAAUGGGUUACAGGAAAGUGGGGGCUCAGCAAGAACUGAUUCCAGAGCCAUUCAACUAGCCAAGAAAAAAAAGCAGAAAGGAACUGGGAGCAAUGCAGGAGCCUCAGGGUCUACUCAGAGAAAAAUGAAAGGUGGCAAAGUCACUCCUACUCACUUGUAUGCAAACCAGAGUGGUUGGUUGUGUGGGAACCUUGUGGUGCCCGGCGGAGGUCUGCCAGGACCAGCUCCAGCAGCUGGGGUGCAAUGUGUUCAGGUCCAGUUACUGCAGGACGGCCCCUCAGGUGAAGGAGUCUUGCCAAUGGUGCUGAGCCCGCAGUCUUCCACCUUCCACCCCCUGCUCGCCAUUGGUUUGCCCGUCUAUGUCCUCCAGGAGGUGCAUCCUGCAGCCGGAGGGGCUGCUGGGCCUGAGGACACGCACUGCACAGGCAGCACUGUCAACCUACAGGACCUGCAGUGA